CCAGUGGCCUUUUCCCCGCUCAGGCCCGGCCUGUAACAAAGACGAACGCGCCCGGGCCCCCGACCCAGCCCUGCGGACGCCUGGCGGGGAGCGCGCGCCCGCCGCGCACGCGCACAGGCACGCGCACAGGCACGCGCCCGCCCGCCGCCCGGCAGCGCAGCAUCCCGGUGCCGCGGAGGGAGAAGCCGAGGCCACCGCCGCCCGCCUGGACGCCCCGCGGAGCCCGGCACCAUGAGUGAGCUUCCUGAGGACUCCCUGAAGACCGUUCUGUUGGAGUUAGAAUGUCACUUCACCUGGAAUCUACUCAAGGAGGACAUUGAUCUGUUUGACGUGGAAGACACAAUUGGGCAACAGCUUGAAUUUCUGACGACAAAAUCCAGACUCACUCUCUAUAACUUACUGGCCUACGUGAAACACCUAAAAGGCCAGAACAAGGAUGCCCUGGAGUGCUUGGAACAAGCAGAACAGAUAAUCCAGCGGGAGCACUCUGACCAAGAAGAAGUGCGAAGCCUGGUCACGUGGGGGAAUUACGCCUGGGUGUACCAUCACAUGGGCCAGCUGAAAGAAGCCCAGGAGUACGCAGACAAGGUAGGGGACGUCUGCAAGAAGAUGUCCAGCCCUUUCAACUACAGGUUGGAGUGUCCCGAGAUUGACUGUGAGAGAGGGUGGGCCCUUCUGAAAUUUGGGGGAAAGUAUUACCAAAAGGCUAAAGCGGCUUUUGAGAAGGCUCUGGAAGUGGAACCAGACAACCCAGAAUUUAACAUCGGUUAUGCCAUCACCGUGUAUCGGCUGGAUGAUUCCGACCGGGAAGGGUCUGUGAAAAGCUUCUCUCUGGGCCCUCUGAGGAAGGCUGUCACCCUGAACCCGGAUAACACCUACAUCAAGGUCUUCCUGGCACUGAAGCUUCAAGAUGUACACGCGGAAGCCGAAGGGGAAAAGUACAUUGAAGAGAUCCUGGACCAGAUAUCCUCCGAGCCUUAUGUCCUCCGUUACGCGGCCAAAUUCUACAGGAGGAAAAACUCCUGGGACAAAGCCCUUGAACUCCUGAAAAAGGCUUUGGAGGUGACCCCGACCUCCUCCUUCCUGCACCACCAGAUGGGACUCUGUUACCGGGCCCAGAUGAUCCAAAUCAAGAAAGCCACGCGCAACAGGCCCAAAGGCAAAGACAAACUGAAGGUGGACGGGCUGAUUACGUCUGCUAUCUCUCACUUCAAGGCAGCCGUGGAACGAGACUCCAUGUUCGCCUUCGCCUACACCGACCUGGCCAACAUGUAUGCCGAGGGAGGCCAGUACAGCAACGCCGAAGACAUUUUCCAGAAAGCCCUUCGCCUGGAGAACAUCACGGAUGACCACAAGCAUCAGAUCCACUACCACUACGGCCGCUUUCAAGAAUUCCACCGUAAGUCAGAAAACACUGCCAUCCACCAUUACCUGGAAGCCCUCAAGGUCAAAGACCGGUCGUCCCUGCGUCCCAAACUGACGAGCGCGCUGAAGAAACUGGCUACCAAGAGGCUGGGGCACAACGCGGCAGACCUGCAGAGUCUGAGCGCCCUCGGGUUCGUGUACAAGCUGGAAGGGGAAAAAAGGCAGGCUGCCGAGUAUUAUGAGAGGGCCCAGAAGGUAGAUCCAGAAAACGUGGAAUUCCUCACGGCCCUCUGUGAGCUUCGGCUUUCCACUUAGCUAUAUUUUCUAGGAAACCGGUUUUAAAGCUCUUCUCUUUAUUUGGGGUUCUUACACUUUGGUUGAUUGUUUUUAUCCGUUCAGUACAGAGUCAGUUUUUAUUGAGUCAUUAUCGUGUACCAGGCAUCCUGCUAAGUACUUUAUGUACAUGAGGAUGAGUCACUUGUUUUCUACUUUGAAAAUUAAAAUACUAUAACUCACUAAGAAACAGCAACGUUCCAGCUGUUUUCACUUAAAAAUGACAUGGCCAUUAUGAUGACUUUAUGCCCUUGAUGGCUGCUGUUUAUAAGGAUAUUUCGAUUAAAUUUUAUCAAAUUUCCCAUAUUACUCACUGAGGCGGUGAGUAUAAUCUUACAUAAAUCUCUGACACCAAGGUCAGGAACACUGUUUCAGGAGUGCAACAUUUUAAGUUCUUAGUUAUGUAGCUUACAAAAGGUAGAACCUUCCAGUUAUGGAUGUCCUGACUUCAAUGAGGAUAUUUAACCAUCAACCUAAAGAUUCCUCUUCGUUGAAAGAAAAAAGUUCAAAAUAAAAAAUUGGUCAUUUCUGAUGACUCAAUAAAAAAAAACAAAAAAAAAACUAGAACA